ACAACAUGGCGGUAGCAUUGACGGAUGAUUCUCCAGUGACUAGUUGAGCCAGGAACUCUGUUUUUCUGAGAUGCAUUUGCCGUCGGAACGUUAACGUUGUAGUUCUUAAGUCCGGACAUUGUCACGUGUGUUUUGAAAAGUUGCUACGAAAGGAACGCGUGCUUCGCGUGGUUUUCACCGAAGCCUAAGCCAGAGGUUUAUUGAUAAACGUCGCUACGUGCAGCCGUUGUUUUUUUUUUUAACGGUAAACGGCAUUAGCUUAACCGAGCGUAACGGCCAGCCUGGUCCUGUUUAAGCGUUAAGGUUUAAUCGGUCUCACCAGGGUGUUAUUACUUUGUCCGCGCAUGUUGGCUGCAUGAGAAGAGUCCACUAGAAAGAAGACACGAAGAGAAGCUUAUCAUUAUGGUGUUCUUCACUUGCAACGCAUGUGGCGAAUCCUUGAAAAAAGCCCAAGUCGAUAAACAUGGAAUGAAGUGCCGUGGCUGCCAAGUUCUGUCCUGUAUCGACUGCGGAAAAGACUUUUGGGGCGAAGACUACAAAAACCACACCAAAUGCAUCAGCGAGGAUCAGAAAUACGGUGGAAAAGGCUACGAGGCCAAGGCGAAUAAAGGAGAUGUGAAACAGAAGCAGUGGUUACAGAGAAUCAGUGAGGCCAUGAACAAACCCGGGGUCAGCGCCAAGCUGAGAGAUGUGCUCUACCAAGUUAGCGGCUAUGAAAACGUGCCGAGGAAAAAGGCAAAGUUUCAGAACUGGAUGAGGAGCAGUUUAAAAAUAUCAAACACUGGGCUACAGGAGGAGGUGUGGGACAUAAUUGCUGCUGCAGACAGUGCUCCUCCGGCCACACAAACGACCAAAGAACCUGCAGACAUCCGAGUGGACACCAACGGAACUGAGGACCAAGAAGACCAGUCCAACACUGAAGAGGACAAGAAGAAGAAGAAGAAGCUGAACAAACGGGAGCGCAAAGAGGCCCGUCAGCAAAAGAAUGGAAAAGCCCCUAAGGGAACAGCAGAAGAACCAGAGAACGGCCAGACAGGCAAACAGAAAAAGAAGGACAGAAAGAGAAAACACAAAGGAGAUGAAGACCAGCUUGAGAGCGGCAUUGAAGAAGAUUUUAAGAAAGCAAAGAUUGAUGACACCGCAGAGCCAGAGGAAACUGAAGAUCAAGCCACGUCUCGGGGCAAAUUCAACUGGAAGGGAAACAUCAAGGCAGUGCUGAGAGAGUCACCUGACCAGGAGCUGUCAGUGAAAAGACUCAGAAAGAAGGUUUUGUCAGCCUACUACUCUUUCACCGGUGACAUAAAUUUCAAAACGGAAGAUGAGCUGUCGGCACUUUUCAACAAAAAGAUCACCAAAAACCCCAAGUUUAGAGUUUUAAAAGACAGAGUGAAGCUUUUAAAGUAGACUCCUCCUUUAGCAGCAUGUUCUCCAUGGAUUUAAAUGAACGUUAUUGUUGCUGUUCUCCUUGGUGGCUUUUUAUACAAAUGAACAAUUUCGGGGAUUAAAUGGUUUUACGCAGUGA